AUAUAUAACCCCCGUAAGUACCCAAUGCAUUGAAUCAACUAUCAUGAAGUUAUCCAACUUCCUUGUCUCUUCGAGCGCUUUUGCUCUCACUUACGCUGCUUCCCCUUCAAUUUGGUUCACAGGUGAUAACCGGAUUAGUGGUCAAAUUAUAAAACAGACACAAAAGUGGAAUAUUCCAGGCGACAAGGUCACAGGUUACUACUAUGGCACUCAGUUCUUCUUUUCCGGCACAAAUGAGAUAGGUUACUAUGGGCCUCAGCCUCGCCCAGAAGGCACAACCAACCACCUAGCCUUCAGUGUGUUUGGCUACGGACCUUACUCAGACCACCCAAAUUGUUCAAAAAGUGCUGACGGUGGCCCAGGUGUUUCAUGUGCUAUCGACUUUCCCUGGGAGUACGGAAAGAACUAUACCACUGAAGUAGCUCGGACGGCACAAAAUGAUACCGAUGGUAGCAAUAGAUGGACGGGUACUUUGAUUGAUGAUGAAACUGGUCAGCGCGUUGUUAUCGGUGAGUACUGGACUCCCCAAAACUACUCCUUGCUUACAACUGGGGGUAACACUUUCGACGAGUUGUACACAUGGGAGCCCACAGAAAGCAAGCCAUGUAUUCCUCAAAACACCUACAUCGGAUUCUACCCCGUGUAUCACCUGACUGAUGGAAGCACGUUCACUGCCAGCAUCGAUAACUUUGCUAACCUUAAUGUCCUAGGAGAUGCAUGUGCAAGGGCUGCGAACGAAUCCAAUCAACAGGCCUAUACAAUCCCUGGAGGGUUCGUGUUCUCGAAUGGGGUGCUCAACGUGGAGUAUGAAGGACAUGUCAAACCAUUAUGAAUUGAAUUAUUUCUUUGCUUUAAUUGGGCUACUAGUAAACUAGUGUCAUUUUUUAAUAUUAUUUUUAUGUCGAUCGUGAAUGUUUACUGAGUGGUAACUCCUUGUAGUACAAUUGUUGAUUUGCGAACUAUAAAACGAGAAAUUUAUUAAACCGUACCGACGUUGGGGCAUCUGUACCAUACAAUCUAGCAGCCAAGGUAAUCAGGAGAAGUUUAGUUCGGAAUGCUAGUACUGAACCAUAGGAUGCUCCUUGCAGUGAGUGAAGGCGCACUUGAACCAUUGGUACCGUCACUGAUCUCACCAGUAGACCCGGCAAUCUAAAUGGAUGAUGCACGACUUCUGUUCUAAUUCAAUAUUGAAUCUACUAACAUAAUUAAGUAUUUGUACUACUAAGGUUGUGAGUGAAUUCAU